AUGUAUGAGAGUCGUAGUUCAUUUCCAAUGGAUCAACUUAUCAGUUCCUGUGAAAGAUUCGAAAGCUAUCCACAAAACCUUGUGCGCCACUACUGUUCGCCGCAUGCUCUCAAAACCUACUUUGACCGCCUUCAAGACGAGAAAGACCGGCUGUUUAGCGAGGAGAAUAAAGCAGCUCUUGAUUUCUUCGAUCUGAAUGAUGGGGACGAUGGUGAGUUCAUUCACGCCCUUCAUUCUCGAGAUCGACUUCGCGUUUCACAUCGGAUGUUCACAUUUGCUCUCACCUAUUUCCAAGUUAUGGCUCCGUUAUUAGAUUUUGUUUUCCCGUUCGGAGCGCAAGAACAAGCCCAGGAUUCUCAUUUCAGUGGGUUCCGAGACGACGACUAUCUCAGCAAUGCCGAUGGAGGCCUUUGUGUCUCAGAAAUAGGACGCUCAGGACGUUCGAUGCGUCUAUGUUACAACCUGCGAUCAGUAGAACCCUCGAAAGGGCAGGUGGAUUUACCUUGGUCCAUUCGACAGACGACGAUAUAUCAUUCUUUCGACAUUACGUCCGGCGGCACACUCUGGAUCAACGUGAAAGGAAACAAACUUCUAAAAAGAAGAAUCUCGGAAGCAUCAAAACAGCUUCAAGCGUUGAACCCAAGGUCUUUCGAUUCAACCAGUGGUGCUUUUGCGUCAGCCCUUGCAACGCAUUUGAUAUUCUGUAAUUGGUCGGGAGAAAAUUGGCGCUGGUACUUGAACGAUUUAGAGAGAGAAGCUCAGAGUGUAACCCGAAAGGCCCUUUCAGCGCCAAUCGACGAGACCCCUAGCCCAGUGUCUAUUAAUGCACUAUCGACCUUCUCUCAAGCUCGAACUGCAACAAUGAUGACAGAAAGCAGCUGGAAGACACUCUCCUCGAAACUUUCAUUGCGAAAACAACAAGAGGAAACCGCAAACCUCCCCGAACCCUUAAGGGAGAAAACCGAACCACGGAAGAACCCUUCUAUAAUGAGGGCUGACCGUCUAACUUUGCCCCCAAGGGUCCAGAAUGAAGGCUCCUCAACGUUGAAAGACGACUUCUCAUUCAGCGAUCUUCAACGAAUACAGUACAUCGAAGAGAAAACCAAUGAAGUGCUCUUAGUGCUCAAACUUAAUAGCGAAGUACUGCGUGAUUUGAAGGAACACUAUCGCUCUGUGAUCAGGGAUCCCCAAUUCCCUUCUGAGAUUAGUCUAAAGUGCCAUUCUGAGUUCGCGAGGUUUGAGAAAUGCAUUUCGGGUGUGGAGAAGGACCUCCGAAUGCAGCUGUCACGGACCGAGACUCUCCUGUGUCUGCUAGCUGAACGGAAAAGUUUACUCUAUGGCAUUUUACAAUACCGAAGUAUGAAGGCAAGCGAGUUCUUCGCCCGAAAGUCUCAGCUAUCCGCCCACCAUAUGGAAAAAAUGACCACUAGUAUGCAUGAAAUCGCUCGGAAGACUAAGCAGGAAACCGUUUCAAUGCGCAUCAUUACCCUAGUCACCCUGUUCUUCCUACCAGGAACAUUCAUUGCAACAAUCUUCAGCACGGAUAUCAUCAAAUUUAGCACAGAUAAUCAGGGUCAUGAAACGAAAGCCUUUCAGUUCCAAGGACUCCAGUUGUAUAUGGAAAUAUGCAUCCCCCUAAUGUUCGUUACCUUCAUUGCUUGGUACAUUGUUUACUGGUGGGUGAAAAGGGGCGACCGUUCAGAGCCAUGGGUCUCAGCUGAAGACGAGCUCUGCGAAGCGGCCUAA